AUGAAAGCUGGAGAAAGUAGUAAAGAUGACUUGUUGGACAUACUUUUGGAUUCAAAUUACAAAGCAAUUAAACAUGGGAAUAAGAAUUCUGGAUUAACCAUUGAUGAAGUGAACGAUGAGUGUAAGCUUUUCUACUUUGUUGGACAAGAGACCACUGGAAUCUUACUAGUUUGGACUAUGAUUUUGUUGGCUCAACACACAAAUUGGCAAGAGCGUGCCAGAAAAGAAGUUUCACAACCACCAGCAGUAGGACUAGGACGAAUGACACAUGAGCAAACUAAAUUAGGGGACAUGACAUUACCAGCUAGAACUUUCCUCCGGUUGCAGAAUAUGCUUAUGCACCAUGAUCUUGAUAUAUGGGGUGAUGAUGUGAGCGAGUUCAAGCCUGAAAGAUUUUCUGAAUUGAAGGUGUCUCGAAGGUGA